AUGUCGGGAAACACUUCGAGUUGGUUGGCAGAUACCCUUACAAACCCUCAAGAUCCGUCCUCCUUCUGUUCACGAUCGAGAGACCCGAACUCGAUGAUGGAAACUGUGCUCCGUCUCCAUUUCAAGUUUAAAAUCGAAGAAAUUGAAAAAACAUUGAGAGAUCAUCUCCCGCAGUGUCAAGAGAACUCCCAAUGCAAGAUUGAUAAGAUCCUGACGAGAGAUCUCGAGGCAGCUAAGGAAGAAUAUGUCGAUGCUAUGGAAGCCGUCUCCAUGGCUCAGAGGUUUGAAGAACAAAUAGAGUAUCUCCGAGAAGAAAUGCGGUCCUUCAAGAACAAUUAUAAAACAACAAGUUCACUGAAGACGAUCAAAACUCAAUGGGAAUCGCUCAAAUCUCAUAAAGAGUCACAGUGGGAGAUAUUCGAUGGGAAGAGACGGACGUUAUUGGAAGAAGAAUGGGAUCGGGCAGCGAGAAACGUUUGGGGGGAAAAUAAGGGUGAUGGGACGUUUUCUGACAAAGUUGCCGAGUAUUUGGGGGUGUUUACAGAUGAAGGUCCCUCUUCGUUAGAGUUUAACGAAGAGGACCACGAGUUCGUUACAGAAGUCCACGGGUUGGUUGAAAAAAUUUUGGGCAAGGCGGUGAGGGAUAGUUUCAGAUAUCCAGGGGCAAUCACUGAACGUGUCGGAUCUAGAAUCCAAGUCUUGGUCGAUGGGCUAGACCCGGAAAUAGACGGGAAUGAUGAGGAUGAACCUCCUCUUCCAGAGACGGACCAAGAGGAACGAGAAGAGGAGAAAAACAAGAUCCAAUCUUUGAAAUUCGCAAACUCUCGUGUUACUUAUGAUGUGUUGUCAGCUGCGUUGAAUACGUUCCUCCUGGAUGACCUGACGAGAUGGCGUCUAUCUGUCACAAAAGAAUUGACACUGUGGGAUGGAGGAGAUUGGAAUACGCCCACAGAACCGACGACGGCACAAUUGCACGAUCUUGACGCAGACGUGAAUGAAAGAAAGCAGGAAGGUCUUCACAUGAAGGACGUCGCAGCAGAAAUACAGGCCAAAGCAGCGGCGGAAUCGCAACCGAGAAAAGGGACUAUUGUUCAGACUACCUCGGAAAGUCUUGAGAAAGAAGUUGAACGGAUCCGUUCUCAACCCUUCGGCUCCGAGUUAUAUCAAGCGGUUCUUAAUGAUGAAAAGCAAGCACGGAUUGACGCAACGGAGGUUUGUAGACAAUUGUGUCAAGAGUUUUCUCGAAUUGUCAAGACCGUCGUUACGUUGGUGAGAGAUCUGAAAAAGCUCGCAUCUAAUGUCUCGUACCUAAAGGUCGAGGUACCUGAUUCCGCAGAGUCCGUAAUGUUGGAAGCGAUAUGGCAGAUCAUUGGUGCAUCUUUGACCGAAGAAUAUCACAUGAGGCAAGAAUUACGUAGUAAUUGGCUUCAGCAGUACAUAUCAGGCUUUACAGGCGGACUUGAUCUUGAUGGAUCCUCAAAGAAUCCGUCUGGAAACAUGUUAAGUACAGGUGAAGAGGAACCAUUGGUGGUUUGA